AUGGGUGGCGGCGGAGCCGGCACCUGCACCGGCGGCGGCGGCGGAUGCGAUGUGGCCAAGCCGGUGGCGGCGAUGGUGGUGAUCCAGGUGAUGUCUGCGGGCGUCAACAUAUUCUACAAGCUGGCGGUGUCGGACGGCAUGGACAUGAGGGUGCUCGUCGCCUACCGCUACCUCUUCGCCUCCGCCUUCCUCGCGCCCCUCGCCUACUUCAUCGAGAGGAAGAGACGGACAAAGUUGACGUGGAGAGUGUUGGUGAUAUCUUUCAUAUGUGGCCUCACCGGGGGCUCGCUGGCGCAGAACCUGUACAUCUCCGGCAUGAAGCUGACCUCGGCCACCUUCGCCUCCGCCACCACCAACCUCAUCCCGGGGGUCACCUUCGUGCUGGCGCUCAUCUUCCGCUACGAGCACCUCGCCAUCCGCGCCUCCUCGGGGCAGGCCAAGGUGGCCGGCACCCUGCUGGGCGUCGCCGGCGCCAUGCUGCUCACCUUCUACAAGGGCGCCGACAUCACACCCUGGAACAGCCACGUCAACCUCGUCACCUCCUCCGGCGCCUCCGCCGCCGCGCACCACCAGCCGCCGGUCCUGGAGGCCGACGCCAACCGCGUCAUGGGCUCGCUGCUCUGCAUCAGCAGCUGCGUCUUCUACGCGCUCUGGCUCAUCCUGCAGGCCAAGCUCAGCAAGGACUACCCGUUCCACUACUCCAGCACGGCGCUCAUGUGCGUCAUGAGCACGCUGCAGUCCGUCGCCUUCGCGCUCUGGACCCACCGCGACGUCGCGCAGUGGCGCCUCGGCCUCGACGUCCGCCUCCUCUCCGUCGCCUACUCGGGCGUCCUCGCCUCGGGGGUCAUGCUCGUCGUGCUCUCCUGGUGCGUCAAGAAGCGGGGACCGCUCUUCGCGUCCGUCUUCAACCCGCUCAUGCUGCUCGUGGUGGCAGUGCUCAGCUCGCUGCUGCUGGGCGAGAAGCUCUACCUCGGCAGCGCGCUCGGCGCCGUGCUCAUCGUCGUGGGCCUCUACGCCGUGCUCUGGGGGAAGGGCCGCGAGGCGGACAACGAGGUCACCACCAAGGUCAGCGAGCUGCCCCUGCCCGUCGUCACUACCGACGACGACGACGACGAUGAUGACGGCACGCACGGCGCCACCGUCGACGUGGUCGUCGUGCAGCAAGCUAAGACGUCCGAUCACGAUUCGUCCAAGCAGCAGCGGACGACGACGACGAGAUGA